CCAAGAACCUGCAGACAAUUGGUUCCAAAGUUCAAGGAUUUUCAAAGGGCACAUAUCUUUGGAGAGGUAGGUACAGCACAUAAAGACCUUGUCUUGAAACGUUGGACUGACUGGAGCCAUGCAAACAGAGUGCUGACAGGGUCUGGCGUAUAAAUCAGUGUUUCUGAGAUCAAAAACGUGUUGAGAAGAGUUAGGAAAUCAUGGCUGAGAAAAAAAGUAGCACCAGCCCCAGCCUCCAGUCAAAGGGAGGUGCCGGCGAGUUCGCUAAACAAGUCCAAAGGAAAUUCAGCCGCGCACAGGAGAAGGUUUUACAGAAGUUUGGUAAAUCUGAGGAGACAAGAGAUGCACAGUUUGAAAUAUGUGUACAAAACCUCCAAGAUCAGCAGAGUGAUGGACACCUUAUAUACAAGGACCUUAAGGCAUACUUAAAUGCUGUCAGAGUGAUGCGAGAUGCAUCCAGUCGUCUUUUUCAGUCUCUGUUCGAUGUUUAUGAGCUUGACUGGGAAGGGGGAGAGGACCUUGCGGCUGUUGUAGAGGGGGAAGACCUGCUAUGGAAUGAUUAUGAGGCAAAACUGCGAGACCAGGCAUUGCUUGCAAUAGAAUCUUACAUGAGCCAGUUUCCAGAUAUGAGGGAAAGAGUUGCCAAACGAGGCAGAAAACUUGUGGACUAUGAUUCUGCUCGUCACCACCUGGAGUCACUGCAGAAUGCCAAAAAGAAAGAUGACAUCAAGAUAAACAAGGCUGAGGAAGAGAUGAAAAUGACCAAAAUAAUCUUUGAGGACAUGAACAGGGAACUGAAAGAGGAGCUGCCUCUUCUCUAUGAUAGUCGCAUUGGAUGCUAUGUAACAGUCUUCCAAGCUAUCUCAAACUUGAGAGAUAUCUUCUAUAAGGAAAUGUCUCAGAAUAACAAGGAUUUACAGAAUAUCAUCAUCAACCUAAAAGCCCAGCAUCCUGACAAGAGCUUUGUGGUUAAGAACUUCAAUCGUGGAACAUUGAAGAGGAGGUCGCUAAAAGAUGCACUGUCUCCUAGAUCAUUGAGAGCCAGCUUCUCUGAGCUCCACAUGAGUUACAGUUCUCGAGGUACUCUGAGGAGAGAACAUACUUCUAGUUUCAGGUCUGACAAGGGCCUAUAUGAGCCCUACAGCCCAGAGGUCCUGGCUAGCCCUGCUAGACCAAAGCCCCCAAAGAACACCAAUUGUGGGGUUAGGGACACAGAUGCAAGUUCCACAAGUGAGGACAACCCGGACGUAGAGAGAACACCUUCACCUGCGCCUGUAAUAGAUGACACAAAAGCUUCUGGAAGUGUGUACAGCAGUACAAACAAAGAUGCAAAACAAAAGAAUGAAGGUACUGAAACAAAAGAAAGGGAACCACUGCCAGCCUCAGAGCAGGAUGGAGAAAGGAUGGGUUUAGAUCUCAAAGGUGAUUCAUCUCCAGAGACUGGUGAUGAGAACAACCUGAAUUUGAAUAUAAAUCAUUCUGAAGGAGCUAAUACUAAGUCAUUUUCAUCUGUUGGAAAUCUUGAAGAGCACAGCACCUAUCCUGAGGACCUAAAUGAACCUGGCUCUGGAAUGGAAAAUGGAAUAGCUACAAAUUGCAAAGCAAAUAUAGAAGAACCUGGAGUCUCGUGCAAGGAAAAUGCCAUAAAUGAUCAAAUAUCAGAUGAAGGAGGAAACAUUAAGGAGGAAACAUUCUGAAACAGAGGACUAUCUUUGUAUAGAAAAAGGGAUGAACUGCAUUUAAACCAAAUACCCUUCACCUAUCUGGAUAUUACUACAAUAACUCCAAACUUGUCAACCAAAUGAAACCUUCUACUACUACUACUACUAUUAUUAUUAUUAUUAUUAUUAUAUUUUUUUAUGUUAUAAACAAGAAAUUUGACAAAAUGUAAAUCAACCCAUUGAUCAAAUUAAUUAAAUGUAAAUCAACCCUUUAUCAAAUGUAACUGCUCAUGAUAAAUCUUAUUAAUUUGAGACUGAUUACAAUGUUAGAAUAUAAAGUUAUUUUCCAUAUCUGUUUUAUCUUGUGAUUUCAUUUGUAAAGGCAGUUUGAGUGUUGGAUUAUGGGCUUUUAGGUUCCUAUGCUAAGUGCACUUAGUUACAAAUGUAAUUUUUACUUGUUGUGAACUGAGAAUAGACUGAUUAUUCAUUAUUUAAUAAAGUUGAUUAUUUAAUGUG